AUGAAAAUCAAAGGGAUAGAUCGUACGGCAAAUAUUGCCUGGUCGCCUCAACAUCAAUAUCCAAUUUAUUUAGCUGUUGGAACAGCAGCACAGCAAUUGGACGCCUCUUUUAGCACUACCGCGGCACUAGAAUUAUUUAGCCUGAAUCUCAAUGACCCAGGAUACGACUUGGGAUUAAGAACAUCGGUUCAAAGUGAACAUCGUUUUCAUAAGUUAGCAUGGGGUACACAAGGAACCAUUGUAGGUGGUUGUGAUGGUGGAGUGUUACAAAUUUAUAAUGCUAAUAAAUUACUUAAUGGAGAAACAGGUUUAAUGUCUCAACAAAACAAACAUAAAGGUUCUGUAAGAGCUUUAGAUUUCAAUUCAUUUCAAAACAAUUUACUUGCAUCUGCUGCUUCCGAGUCUGAAAUAUAUAUCUGGGAUUUAAAUAAUCCUACAACUCCGAUGACUCCUGGUUCCAAAUGUCAACCAUUGGAAGAUAUUACUUGUGUUGCUUGGAAUAAGCAAGUUCAACAUAUUUUAGGAUCUGUUUUUCCCACCAAAUGUGUAGUUUGGGAUUUAAGAAAAAAUGAUCCAAUCAUAAAAUUAACUGACAAUACAGUUAAAACAAAAUGGCAUGUCGUUGCUUGGAAUCCCGAUAUUGCAACACAAUUAUGCUUAGGUUCUGAAGAUGAUCAAAAUUCAGUAAUACAAUUAUGGGAUUUAAGAUUUGCAACAUCUGCUCUCAAAGUUUUUGAUAAUCAUCAAAGAGGAGUUUUGUCAAUUUCUUGGUGCCAUCAAGAUACAGAUAUGUUAUUAAGUUGUGGUAGAGAUAAUAAAAUAAUUUGUUGGAAUCCUAGUAAUAAUUCUCCAGGAAUGGAUAUUAAUUGUGAGUUUAUUUUGACAAAUCAAUGGAAUUUUGAAGUGUCAUGGUGUCCCAGAAAUCCUGCAAUUUUUGCUAAUAGCAGUUUUGAUGGUCACAUUAGUAUUUAUUCAUUAUUGGGUGGACCGCAACAAGUUCAAACAAGCAAUAAAAUAGCUGACUCUUUUCCUGGAAUGGAGCUUUAUGCACAAGCUCCCAUCGGGCAAACACACUCUGCUCCAAUUCAGCUCAAAAAACCUCCUAAGUGGUUAAAAAAACCUGUCGGUGCUAAAUUUGGUUUUGGUGGCGUUUUAGUAUCUUUUGAAAAUGAUGCGAGCACAAAUUCUGAAAUGCCUAUACCAAGAUUAGUUCAUAUAAAUCAAAUUAUUACCGAGGAGAAACUUGUCUCUAGAUCUUCUCAAUUAGAAUCUGCACUUCAAAGUGGUCAACUCAUUGAGUUUUGCCAAAAUAAAGUCAUGAAUAGCAAUUCGGAUCAUGAAAAAUUGCUUUGGCAAUUUUUAGGAGCUUAUUUUGAAGCAUCUCCCAGAUCAGUGUUUUUAAAUUUAUUAGGAUUUCAAGGAGAUGAAAUAGAUAAAAAGCUAUCAUCUGCAUGUAAUAAUGUCAACGAAGAAGAUUCAAGUGAAAUUUCAAAAAUUACCAAUAAAUUAUCGGAACUUAAUAAAAAUUUAGAUGAUUUUGAUAAUAUUGGAAAUUCUCAAAAUUUCAGCUUGGAUAAUGGUUUAUUGAAUGUGGAACAAAAAGUAUCGAGUUGUAAUGAUAUUAGUUCAGCAAAUAAUUUUAAAAUUUCAGCUGGAGAUGAUAUUGAUGGUUUGAUUUGUCAAGCUCUUCUAUUAGGAAAAUUGGAAGCUGCUGUACAUUUAUGUAUACAAAGCAAUAGAAUGGCUGAUGCAAUCAUUUUGGCCAUGACGGGAGGUAGCGAGCUUUUGGCUAAAACUCAAUACAUUUAUUUUCAGAAAAAUAAGGGGCAUCUUUCAACUCUAAUAUCUGCUGUUGUCACUGAAGAUUGGUCGCAGGUUAUAAAAAAUUGUAAUAUUGAAAGUUGGAAAGAGGCUCUUGUUGCCGUUAUUACUCAUGCAAAUGAUCAAGAAUUCACCGUUUUGUGUGAGACACUUGGUGAGAGAUUAGAAAACGAAAACAAAAACAAUUUGAAUGAAAAAGCUGAAUUGUGUUAUAUUUGUGCUGGUAAUAUUAGCAAAGUCGCCACGUCUUGGUUAAGAAGAGAGAAAACAUCUACACCUGAUAGUUUACAGUUGAAAAAAUAUUUAUCAUUACAAAAUUUAGUUAUAUCUAAAGAACUAGUUGAGCUUAUAAUGAUUUUGAAAAGAGCCAUGGAGAUGCAAGGCAUUCAUGUGGAAAUUUCCGGGAGACUAGCAAACUUGCUCACCAAUUAUGCUGGUAUUUUAAUAUCUCAAGGAAAUAUUGAAGCAGCUCUUUCUUAUUUACAAGAUUCUAAUGAGGAAUCAAUAGUAGAACUCAGAGACAGAUUAAACGGUUCUCUCGGACGAAGUUACAAGUACGCAUCGUCGUCUCAAAAACCAACAUCUAGUCAAGGACAAAUAAAGAGAACCAGAGCGAUUUCAGGUGGAUUUUAUCCUCCUCCUGGAGUUCAGGAAGAGGCUAUUACUGCUGCUCCUAUCUCUCAGCAUAAUUUUAAUUUAAAUCCCUUGCAAUCAAAUCCAUCUUCUAUUCCUAACAGUUUUUCGGGUACUCCUUUUGUUCCGGUUCCGCCAAUGGCUCCAACUUCAAUGUCGAAUAUGACUCACACACCGAUUCCUCCUCCAGCUAGAGCGUACCCUUCGCCUAGUCCAGGACCAGGUAAUUUUAAAAUAUCAUUUAAAAUGCAACAAACAACUCGUGCGAAACAUGUUUUAGAUCCAUCCGUUCAAUCAGCCACUUCUCACUCAAAUUAUUAUCCCCAAACUCAAUAUCAAACUCCAAUUUUCACUCCCCAAUCAUCAUCUAUGUCUAACCCAAAUUAUAAUUUGAAUAAUACGGGAUAUCCGUUAGAGGCUUUUAAUCCACCAAUGUCCAAUCCUACGCCACCUCCAUCUAUGAAUUUGUCAAAAACUACAAGUGUGCCCCAGCCUCCAGGUUGGAACGAUCCGCCGAUCGUUGAUUCCAGUAAAAGUUUUCCGAAAGCCAAUGAUUUUGUACAACAGAAUCCAAUUACUCAACCUCUACUCGGUGGUGGCCCAGCAGGAGAUUUAUCCGUAAACGGUCAGUUUUAUCCGACUCCGUAUCCAACUUCGUAUAAUCAAGUUCCGCAACCGCCUGCAAUGUCGGGACAGUAUCAGGUUAAUCAAUCGUUGCCCUAUCCCCAGUCGACCACAAUGCCGCAACCUAAUUUGCCAAAAGGAAACUCACAAAAAAUAGUCGAGCCUGAACCGAUAAAAAAACCCAUUCCUGACGAGCAUUUAAUACUACAAAGUGUUUUCGAUAAUCUGAGAAUCAAGUGCACGACAGCUGCUAAUAAUCCGCAAUCCAAGAGAAAAUUAGAAGAAGUUUCAAAGAAAUUAGAAGUUCUUUACGAUGGCCUACGAGAAGGACGAUUAUCGGCUAAUACGCUUCAAGCUUUACACGUCAUGGCUCAAUACGUGCAAAACGGAGAUUAUACCAACGGUCUCAUGUUGCACACACAAGUCGUGUCGGGUCCAGAUUUUUCUCAAAUAGCAGGGUUCAUGCCGGGGAUUAAGGUGUUGUUACAAUCUGCGCUUCAGCUUCAAGUUUACCUUUAG